AUGGCGAGCAUACUUGGAGGAAGUUCUUUGGAGCGAAAGGUGAGGACAGGGUUGGCGGUUGACCAUGGGCUGAUCUAUGAUGACACGUACUUUCAAGGGUUCGAACUGCUCACAAAUGCAGUGGCUGCAAACGCCUUCCACGACUCAGACAGCCGUGUCGAUGCACCACAAUGCCAUGAGAACACGAGAGUCGCUGUCAUCGAAAAAAUCAUGGACUGGGUAACGAACAAGAUCGAUACAGAGGCCUUCAUUAUGUGGAUCUAUGGCCCUGCGGGUGCAGGAAAGUCAGCCAUUGCUCGCACAAUCGCCGAACUCUGUGUCACCCAUAGUCUGCUGCUCGCCAGCUUCUUCUUCUUCCGCCGAAGCUCUGGGCGCAACACCAUGAAGACCUUUUCCCCCAGUAUUGCCUAUCGAGUGGCUUGUGAGGUCCCAGCUGCCCGGGCGUUAAUCGAAACCAUUAUCGAGAACGACCCCCUCAUUCUCUCAUCUUCGCUGGAGACUCAAUUCACAAAGCUCGUCCUCGAUCCCCUUCACAUUCUUUCAGAACAAGGACAUUUCUUAAAAAAGCCUCUUCCGCCUCUAAUCAUUAUCGAUGGCUUGGACGAGUGCCUGGAUCAAGAAGCACAAAUUAUAUUAGUCCAAUUUCUCUCUUCCUCUGCUACUCGGUACCAACUCCCACUCAAAUUCUUGAUCGCGAGUCGUCCAAAAACCCACCUCAAGUUUGCGUUUGUGCAGGCUGGCCUACGGACCACUGUCUUCCACCUCCAGCUCAACAAGGACUUUUGUCCUGACAAGGAUAUUCGCAGGCUUCUUCAAGACAAAUUUCGCGAUAUCGUGAUGACCCACCCUUUUCGCUCAAGCAUUCCUUCCACCUGGCCUGGAAAAGAUAAAAUCAUUAUGCUUGUGAGAAAGGCCUCGGGGCAGUUCAUUUAUGCCUCUCUUGUCAUUCGUUUCGUCAAUUUUGCACGCGAUUCGCCCGUAAGGCGCCUGGAUAUUGUCUUCGAGCUCCGCCCACCUAUCAGCCAUGAUCUCCCUUUUGCUGAACUGGACACUCUCUACAUAUUCAUUCUCUCCUCUGUACCUGAUAAAGAAUUGAUCCUGAAUAUUCUAGCCGUGUUCGUGGCUAUCGAGCCCGAGUACUUUGAUCUUCAAUGUCAUUCCUACCCACAACUCGAAAGCGCAGAGCAAUUCUUUGCAUACCUCAAGGUAACGGUACGACAUGAGCUCUAUCACCACCAUGUUGUGCUUUUCCGAGACCACGUCUUGUCUCAUAUUGAGGCUCGCACCGGCUCCGAACAAUUCCAUCUCAUCAGCACCGUCUGGUUUAUUUUGCAGAGACCGUUCAAAUACGACCCGCCUCCAGCCAAACGGAUGGCACUGUGUUCCACCAAUAAACCCAUUGUGGAUAACUCUUUCUGGCCAUGGCCGACAUUAUGCUCAGGUUGCUCCGCCACCCAAAACUUUACGAGAAAGCUCGUGCUCCGGAGCCUUUGGGGGCGAUAUACGGAGCUCCCACUGCGACUCAAAGCUUUGUCCCGGAACCCGUUUUGUCUUCUCGACUCGCCCACGUCGCAAUCUCCUGCAUCCGUUACUUGCAUCGCUGCGGUGUCCAAACAGUGCAUCGCUCUGCAUCCAACGCAAACUGGGUUGAUAAAUCAAGCAUUCGCCCUGGAUACAAUGGCGAAUGCGAACGACCUCGUCCCGACGUGGGAAGGUUACCAAAGCCCAAACUUUUCCGGAAGCGCUGAUGUGGAAACCUUAUGUGUUUCCGCAAAGCUUCCACCAACCGAGCCUGAUCAUGUAUUCGUUUGGAAUCGACAGGAUGAGGGGAUACCUCACAGAGCGUGCGAAAUACCGUUGGACUCUGGACUUGCUGCGUCGUACCCUUCGGAAGGCAAAGAAGUCAGAUGA